UCGAGAACACGUGAGGGCCCCCUCAUUACAUUAUUGCUGCUGCUGGUGUUGUUACGGGUGAUUUGUUUACUCCGCCCACCUGUGUGUCCUAUAAUAACAGUAUAGCAGCCUCCUCCUCCUCACACGGAGCUCAGCGGCUCCACACACAGCUGUCUCACUGAACAUGGACGCCAACAUUGUUGUUAUGGGGACAGAAAGCGUCGGGAAAUCAGCGCUGACUGUGCGUCUUUUAACUCGAAGAUUCAUCGGAGAGUAUGGAAAUAUUGAAUCCAUCUACAGUCACAGUUAUAUGGUAGAUGGGAGGGAAAUCACUCUCAAUGUUUGGGAUUCACCUUGUUCUGAGGAUUUUUCCAUGGAGACGUCACUCUUUGAGAAGAAGGUCCAGUGGGCAGACGGCUACGUUCUCGUCUACAGCAUCUGCGACAGGGCCAGUUUCAACACCGUCAGCAGGCUCAUUCAGACCAUCAAGUCCACUAAAGACUAUCUGAAAGCAGACAAAGCACCCAUAGUGAUUGUGGGUAACAAGAGGGACCUGCACCAUAGGCGGAUAGUGCUGAGCGAGGAGGGCCAGAUGCUGGCUCUCAACACGGACUGCCUCUUCUACGAGGUGUCAGCGGCCGAGAACUAUCACAGCGUGCUCAUGGUGUUUCACGGGCUGUUGGACAGGGUGAAGGACACCAAGCUGACAAUGAAGAGGCCCCUGGGGUUCAGGGGUAUAGUGAAAAGCAUGUCCGCAGUGUUUGCCAGAAGACGGACAGACUCUUUUUAGUCAGACCACAACAAGACAGAAGACAGAAGAUAUGCAGGAGAGAGGUUACACAUUACGUGUGUUUGACUGGAUGGAUAUCACAGUCUGUCAGUGAACUUUUACCAUGUUAAUGUGCCAAAGGUACUCCAGAAAGAAAAAAAGCCAUUAAGCUUCAUGGAUACAAAGCAAUGUUACAGAUGUUUUUUUGGUGACAGGUUUUGAAGUUAGCUGCACUUCAAGCCACACAAAACUGAUGGAUUACACUCUCAAUCGUUAUACUGAUGCUUGACAUGUAAUACGUAUACUAUUAAGUGCAACAAGGUAUGCAAUAUGUUUAAGCUGUGGCUUAAUUAAAAAGAAGACAUUCUACGCAAAAACUGAAUGUGCCUUUAGCCACGAUAAUCACCAAAGGUUGAAAAAAAAGCUCUUCAAUUCACAAGUGAAACGUUUGUGGAAAAAGUGACUGAUAAGUGCUCAAUCAUGUUGAAGUAAAAAAUACAUAUUUGUAGUAAUUCAAGUCUAAACACCGUAAAGCAAAAUACCAAAGUGUUUUCUAUAUUUAUGAGCUCUGAUAUGUUUAAUUCAUUAAUUAUGGGUCCUGUUUUGUUCGUCUAAACCUGUCUUUAUGUCUUACAAGGAUUUGAAUAAACCAUAAAAUAAGAUUUU